GCGCCCCUUUCUUGGCGCAUCGAGAGAUCGCGAAUGCGGCAAGGUCGGUUUUAGGGUUUGCGGCAAUGCGCGCAAUGGCGUGUGCGAAUUUGCCUCUGGCUGCUGCUGCGGAGAUGCUUCGCUCCCCGAUGCUCACAGGUGAAUUGGAGCAUCCAGAGACUCGAUCUCCGUGAGAGAGAGCUCCUCCUCCCCCUACGCUGAUCGAUCAUGGUUCGGCUCUCCACAUUCUCGUUCCGGUCACAGUGGUCGACUACAGGAACCAAGGACAAGCUGGCAGCCUCGCUCAUGGCGAGGUCACAGCGAGUCGAGGGGCUCGGCACAGGGACAGGAAAGAAGAAAGCAAGCUCAAGGUUGCUCGAGGCUGAGCAAUGCUGUCGAGACAGCCCAGGCAGCGGCGGCGGUACCCGCACCAGCACCAUGGCCAAGGUGCUGGGCUGCUCAACGAGGACAUCCUGGAGCUGGUAUUGCGGCACGCCAACUGGAACCCGUACAUGCUGUGCGCCAUCGCGUGCGUGUGCAAGCCGCUCAACGAGCUCAUCAAGCUGGAGAUGUGGAAGAAGUUUUGCCUGUCGCGCGCGCCCCGCAUGGCGGCCGACCUCUCCUUCGGCGUCAAGAACGACGCCAUCGAGAUCAACUGGGACAAGCUGGGCAAGCUCAUGAUCUACUGCGCCGGCUGCCACUCGACGCGCCACUUCAAGUCGCUCUCGCCGCCGGGUGGCGGCCACCUCGUCUUGAAGUCGCGCUUCUCGCGGACGUCGGGGCGGAGCUUCCUCCAUCCAAAGUGCCGCUCGGACGUGCUGUACGUGACGGACCUGUGCGAGCACCUGGAUGACGAGGAGGACGUGGGCCUCUUCCGCGGGGUGUUCAAGUCGUUCGGGGCGUCCAAGACGCGGCAGAUGCUGCUGGACCGCGGGAAGCUGGAGGAGGGGGCGUGCUGCCCGUUUUGCCGGUCGCGGGUGUGGAGCAUGAUGGAGGCGAGGAUGAUCCCGCCCAGUGCGCAGCGGCGGCUAGCGUCGUAUGACUACGAGAACAGCAUCGAGUACCUGGUGUGCAUCAACGGCCACCUCACCGGGAUGUGCUUGCUCCUGCCGCUACCGGACUCGGACGAGGAGCGCGCGGGUGGCGGCGGUGGCCGAGGUGGAGGUGGUGGCGACGAUGGUGGCGGCGACGAGGAUGUUGACGACGACAACGAGCCCGCCGCCAUGGCCAGGGACAACGGCAAAGCAGUAGCGAUCAACAGCAGCAGCGACGAUUGCGAGACGGACGUGCGAUUGUGAUAUGAAAGGUUUCUACACCAAUCCAGGCACAGUGAGUGUGAGUGUGCGUGUCUGUGUGUGUUUUUUGUGUGAGUACAACUUUCUUCUCUCUCUCUCUCUCUCUCGCUCACUCUCACUCCUCUCUCACACUCUUCUUCGUUUUCAUUCCUUUGGUAAUUUUUGCUCCUCCAGAAUCUCUUUGUUUCGCUUAAUCAGCUACUCUUACUCAGCAGCCCGGAAGCUGGAUCGAUCUAGAAGUCAGCUAGCUGACAUUACUUUUACAUGUAACAUUCUUGUUGCCAAAGAAAUGUCAAGGACAGGGAAAGAGAGGAAGAAAAGCAUCCUGGAAAAAAAAAAAAUUUCCUCUCUCUCCCAUUCAUUGUCUCU